GGACUCCCCACCAGGGUUGGUGCCAGGAGAGAGCAAGGGUACUGUCACAGGAGACCAGGAGCGCCCAUCCAGGUUUACCUGCUGCAGCCUCAGAGGCUUGGGCAGGAGGGAGGAGGGCAGUCACCUUGAGGGAUGGCUUUGGGCAACUCCCCUGCCAAGCCCCCAAGGACACAAUAGGCUCAGGAGUCCACCCCUUGGUUUUCUCCCUCCCUCCGGAGUGGGAGCUGAUCCCACAAGGGUCUAGGGGCACCAGCAGGGGCUCGUGAAGGCUCAGAUUCCCUAUCAUUGUUUCUACAAAUGCAUUCUCCCCAAGCAGGCCUCCUCACCCCUCCUGCCUCUCACCCUGUGCCCUGGGAGGGGAGUCACUUUGUGAACCCCCAUGGCCCUACGGGCCGCGCUUGCUCAGCCAGAUAGCCUCCCCCUUCUCUGCUGGCAGGUGUGGACAGAUGGACAAAUGGAUGGGCAGCAGGAGCGGGUAGAGCCAGAGCGGGGACCCACUGCCCAGGCCAGUGACUCAGACUGGGAGGAAUGGAAGCGGCUGCCCAGGAGGGGUGGGGGCCUGGGCAGGCCACCCGGCCAAGCCACCGGAGCCUCAGCCUGCGGAGUGGAAAGAAUAACAGAGGGCAGGCAGGCGCUGAGGCAGCCGUCCGCACAGGGGUGACGCCAAGGUGUGUACUUUAUAUUCAGGCAAGGGGGGUAAGAGAGGACGUCAUCUUCCCAGCUGCCUGGCUGCCUCAGCUUCACCCUGGCCCAGUGGAAAUGCCAGGCAGCUUCACCCAGAACUGGAAAUGUCCAAUCCGGGUCUGUGGGGCUGGGCACACUCAGCCCCUCUGGUUACAGGGAGGCUGGCCCAGACCCCCAACAGGCUCCAAUGGUUAGAGCAGAGCGCCUGCCCCUGAUUUGACUCCAGCUGUGAUCAUCUCACCUGGAGACGUGCUCCCCACUGCCCUAACUCUUCCACACAUACCUACAGCACAAGGGGGGCAAGGUGGGGAGGGGAGAGCAGCACUUGGCAGACACCUGCCAAGCCACAGAAUCUGAGAUUUGCCCGGCCGCUCUUACCUCUCCCGCUUCCAACCGCCACCAACCCCACCUUAGAAAGCCGUGGAUGGGGAGGGGCCUCCCAAGGUCACAGUCCAGAGUGUGGCUGGCCACACCCACCAGAGGCCCUGAACUCCCUGCCUCCCACCACUCCAGACUCCUCUGCCAGCCCUGGUGGGCUCUGAAUUUAUCCAAGGGUCCUGAAGGGGACUGUCCUCUACAGUGAAGUCCACUCUCAGGGUGAGGCCAGCUGUCCCUGCCACUUUGGUGUGAUCCUGGCAUGUCUCAGGGCCCCGCAGUUGCUUCCUUUUAGGCUUAGGGAACCCAGGACAGAUACAGCAGCCAGCCUGGGGGGCCCAGGGCCAGGGCAGACCCCACCAAACCUUCCCACUCCCUGCCAAGGCCACCUUCAUCUUCCAAGGCUGGGAGAGUGAGCAAACACAUCAGUACCACAACCUUGGACCCCUCCCUGCCUUGGGAGAAGGACACAGAAAGAAGGGACAGAGGGAAGGGCUGGCCCCCGCAUCCAGGCCGCCCACCCACCUGCUGCCUGGCACAAGGGCAUGCAGAGGGAGUUUCCCACUCCCAGGCGUCCUGGCAGCUGACUGUGGGCUCCCUCCCCCACUGACCUUCAGAUAGAUCCGCUGCUGCUACCCGCCCCCUCAGCAGCCCCUGUGCCCACCCACUGGUGCUACAGUAACUUUUGGGCGAAGGACUUGUGUUGACAGAACAAAGGCGUUGUGCCUAUGCCAAGGGGCUGGGGCAGAGCUCCCAGCAGCAGAGCUGUCUGGCUGUGCCACUGGCCUUCCAUCCAACACAGGUUGGACCUUCUGCCCUGAGCUGAGCCUGGUGGACAUGACUGUGUGGCCAGAGGUUGUGCCUUGGUCCAAAGGCCUCCUAGAGCCAGGUGUGGGCUAGCCUUCCCUGGGACCCCAUAACCAUGGGUCCUCCUGGCACCAUCCUCCUGCUGAGGCACCUCCUGGCCUCUCCUUCCCAACACAGACCCCAGGAGCACAAGGUUUCCAAGAUGGGGCCAAAGUCAGGGAUGGUGGAUGGACAGGCAGGGUUUCUUGACUUCUACUUCCAAAGCCUAAUCCCCCACCUAGGCUUCAGGCCCAGAAGGCCCUGUAGGCAGGGAUCUGGGUAGAAGGGGCAAGACUACCACUCCUGAGGUCUCCCCAGUUCAGAGGCUCCAAGGCUAAGUCCCUCCCCUGAAAUACUCUCCAAGUUCCCUGAGGGUAUCUCCAGGCCACUGUCUGGGGUGUUCUGAAGCUGCUGGCCUCUUGGUGCGUAGAGGUCCAGUCCUAGCUCCAAAGAAGAAGAGGAGAGGCCCAAUCCUGGUGGGUAGGACUGGGCAUAGGAAGCUUCUAGAACGAUUCCCUAGCUCCUUCUCCAUGUUUUGGACAACUGUCUCACCCCCACCUUCCUAACCAGACUCCAUCUGCCCUUCUACGGCAAUACUCCAGCCUCUCUACACAUGAAGAGGGAUGGGGUCCCUCCCCCAUCCAUCAGAUACACCCCAGGCCCUGGGCAGGGGAAGGGUAACCCAGGAGGAGGGAGGGAGUCUGAGGCCCUGGCUGCAAGGACACAGGCCUGGCUUCCAGAGAUGAUUCUGUUAGACUGGGCAAGACUUUCUGGACUUUUUCCCUGGCAACCCCACCCCUGCUGGCCCAAGACCACCAGGGCAGCCAGGGCAAACACCUGGAGCGCAGUGAUGGCAGUGAGAAGCCCCCUCCAACACAUCUGGUCAGACCUCCCAGAGGCAGGGUGGGCCACCAGCCCCAAUGGAAACAGUGACGCUCCAGUUCCCCACCAGCCGGGCCCCAGCACACCUGGGCCCCACUUCCCGCUCCUACCUCCUAACCAGGCCAGUCCUGGCCCAGCAGCCCACACUGUAGCCAGGCCCCUAACUGCAGCAUGGACCAGAUAAAGAGGUGUGUGUGGCACACAGCAGCCCCUACCUUGGCCACACUCAGUCCACCAGGCCUUGGGUUCAGCAGAUGAGCAGUUCUCUCCAGGACCAACAUGUAUAUUUAGAAACAGUGGCCCUGAGUGUCCUCCUGGCUUCCAGCUAGAUUCUACCUACCCAGCCCCAGGACUUCCGUGGAGUUUAGUAAACUUAAAUCAUCAGUUAGGGAGAUUUGGGGGGAAGAAUCCUUUCAUCUGGCUGACUACCCAUUUCUCAUUCGACCCUCCCUGCCAACAUGCCUCACAUGGCAAGCAUAAAACUGCUACACACAAAGAGGGGGCCCUGCAUUUGGCUCUCAGGCCCCUGGCAGGAUGAACCAGCUUCUGGUGACUCCCCACUCACCCCCAGGGAGCUAAAGGACUGGCUGUUCUGAAUAGGGAACCAUCACACCUCAGCCAAGGCUCUCAGUUUCUGCCCUGACCCCAGUCCCAGCCCUCCUCCUCCCUUCCCCCAUAUUCCUGGUCAUCUGCGCCCUCCCUUCCUUCUCCCUCCCCUCUAAAUGGACAAUGUAGGCCAAAAAACCUUGGGGCUUUCCAGGCAAGCCCUUCCCAGCCAACACCUGGAGGCCCGAGGCCAAGUCAGGCCCAGGGUGGGUGGAACCCCAAGACAACGCCCUCACCCCAAACCCCUCUGCACCCCACACUCUGGUCCUGGCCACACCUCCUUCCUCACUGUCCACCCCAGCUUCCAGCAGCCCCAGGCAGGCCGGACAGAGGAGGACUCUUCUCCCGGGCCCAGAGACUAUUCCCGUGGACGCUGCAGUCUGGUGUUAAGAAUUACCCUUCACAGGCUGUUCAGAGAACGUCAAGUGCUACAGGAUGCGUCUGCAAGUAGAGCGCUCCCCAUCUUCGCCAAGACCACAGCAUAUGCGGCCCCUGACGGAGGGAGUCCGCCUCCCCACCUCCCGGGUCUGCCACCGCUCCCGGACGGGAAGCUGCCUCUCCCUUUCCUUAGCUUUCAAACCUGGGUGAGUCCUCUGACCCAAUGGAAAAAAAAGGAGUCGGGGAGGUCGCGCGGCCCCCCUCCUGGCGGCUUCGGGCCCGCCCGCCGGCUCGGCUUUCGGGUUACUGCAGUUCAAACAGCACGUGCUGCCCGCGCUGGUAGCCGAGCGCAGCCGGGAGGGGCGGAGGCCUGCCCCGUGCGCGCCUCCUCCGCGCCUCCUCCAGUCGCUCGGGAAAUCCAAGGGAUAAACACCCACUUUCCCUUCCUCUUUCGGGGGGGUGGGUGCGCUUUGAUCCCCGCUCGUGCCUCGCCUGCUCUCCCCCCGCCCGCCCUGCCCCCAUGGCCCAGGCCCGUGCGCUCCGCGGCCCAAGGCUCGCCGCACCUUUCUCUGACCAGGCCCAGCCACCGCAGCCCACAAGCUGUCCCCAACCUCCACGAGCAGCCGCCUGCCCGCGCCUCCCUUCAGGCAGCCUGUGGUGGGAAGGGCAGCUUUGAUUUUAGAAUGAUCGCUCUCCAGUCCUCGGAAUUCCCUGGGAAACGUGGCGAAAAGGCGAACGCCGGCCAACUGUCCCGCCUCCUUCCUUUUCCAGCUCGGUGGAGCAAGGCAAGGACAGGCUUUGGACACCCCAGAUCCCGCAUGCUCAAGCUCUUCCAAGCCACCGUUGGUGGUGCCCACGGCAGUCGGCCAGCAUGAUAAGGGACCAAGAGGAGGGAGGCCGGAGCAGGCCCUGGAUCCGGACUCGAGGCCUUGUCGGCGGGGAACUGAGGUGUCUUCAAGCAUGGUGUGCAAAGGGGGGCACAGAUUCGGUAGGGGAACAUUCCCCAGGCUCCAGGAACUCCUUGCCCCGAGGUGAGGGGAGGGAGUGCACGGAAGAAAGAGGACAGAGU